AUGUCACCUUCAUCCCAGCCACCGGUGAUGGAGGGUGAGGGGUCUGAUUGGAGAAUCCGGCGCCCGCAUAGAAAAACCAGGACAGGUUGUAAUCAAUGUAAGAGGCGUAGAGUCAAGUGCGAUGAGAGAAAGCCCAUAUGCACGAGUUGCGAACGCAAUAAACUGCAAUGCGGCCUUGCUUUUCUCACACCCACAAGGGUAUCAAUGCGUCCGACCUUGCAAAACAGAACUAGUACUCCAAGGCCGCCACCUACUAUAAUUGAGCCUCAAAAGCCGCGAGCUAAGAAGAAUCCCAAAACAACCCCAUUAGUCACGACGUCUGGCCCACCAUGUCUGAACCUUCGUUUCGGAGAUAUGGAUCUUCGGAGCGCUGAAAUACUGCACCACUACCAAACAGUCGUAAGCUUUAUGAUCACCGGUCCAAAAGUAGUGCACGUCUGGCAAACGACCAUCCCCCGAAUGGCACUAGAGCACAAGUUCCUCAUGCACGGCAUCCUAGCCCUCUCGGCCCUAAACCUGAGCACCCUCAUCCCCGCCCGCAAAGACGAGCUCGUUACCUUCGCCAUGAUCUCCGAACAACUGGCCCUCCCACCCUUCCGCUCUUACCUGGCGGACGACCCGAAGAAGGGAAACCUGCACGCCGUGUUCGCAUUCUCGCAUUUUGUCGUGCCGUACAUGCUGAAUAUGUCGGGCUCGUUGGAGGGGCCCAUGGGUAGAGUUCCCAGUUAUGAAGGCCAGCCCCAUUGGUUCCAUGCGUUGAGGGGCUAUAUGGCCUUCCUGUUCAAUAACUGGGAUGCGCUCGAGACAGGGCCGCUUGGCUACCAACUCGUCAAAAGCCCAAUGACGCCCGACAACAAACGAGAUCAUCCCGAGGACGUACAUCUCGCCAAGAUCUACGAGGUUUUGAAACCAGGCCCUGAAUCUACGGCGCUGGAUAAGUGGGAAUUAGAGGUUUGCGGAACUGCGCUUGAGGAACUGAGAAAGUUGUGGUCCGGACCGUAUAUGUUGGGGAAGAUGGGUAUUGUGGGCAUGAUUUACCUGUGGCCGAGUAAGGUGUCGAAGGAAUAUAUAUCAUUGAUGCAUAAGCGUCGGCCGGAAGCCCUUGUGAUAUUGGCGCAUUAUGCGCUUCUGGUCAAGCGGAUGAAUAUUCUGUGGUAUCUGAGGGGUGUCGGGGCGAAGUUGUUGGUGGCUAUCAACGAUGAGCUAGGAGAAGAGCAUAAACCUUAUGUCGAGUGGGCGAUGAACGAGCCGAUGGGAUGA